AUUUGACAGUGACAGUAACGUUUUUGUUUAUUUAUUGACAAUUAAAAAUGGAGCAAGAAAAUAAAGUGAAUUUUGAGACUGAAGAUGUGGAAGCAAAAUCCUCCCCGACUCUCACCCCGCAUUCUGCAAAGUCGUCGGAGAGGGAAGAAGCUAAUGUUUUGCACCCCGACAACCCCCUCCUGGAAAAGUUUCAAAAAGCCCUCAAAGAACAUUUAUUGCGUCAAAUAAAUAAUCUUAAAAACGACAUUUUUGAAUACGAUUGUGGAACAAAAAAAAACAAUGCGAAACGAGAAGAAUUGGGGAUUAUGGUUUACGAACAGCAACAAAUUUUGGAAAAACAACAAAAAACUCUCGAUUGUUAUAUUUCAAAAGUGCAAACUGCGACUGCAGCAUGCGAAGAAAUGGAAAAUCGAGUAAAAGAGAAGAAAGAAUUGUAUAAGAAGCAGAGAGACAAGGUUUACGAAGCUGAAGCUCAAGAACUAGAGUUGCGCAACGAAAUKGAGGGAACGAAUCUGCUAAUCCACCAAAUUUCCCAAUGGGAGGAAAACUUGGAGUCUGAUUUAACYGUGAAAAAGCGCGUUUUCGAGAAAAGUCGCAAGGAAAAGCUGAAACUUUUGGAGGAAAAACGCACCCAAGAUGUGCUCAUUUACAAACUAAUGACCCGGAUUUGGUACCUGGAACGCGAACUUGACAAAAUGGACGUCCAGAUGCGAGUUAAAGAGGAGGAAAGGGAGGAAUUGGCCCAGACUGUCGCUCUCGGGAACACAAACAUCGAAGCAAUGGAAUCGGAAUAUCGCUGUUUGAUGCACUCGUGGAACUCCGUUGUUAUCGCAAUCGGGAAUCGAGAUAAAGUCCUCUCUUGCCUAAACAAAGAAUUGUCAAAAUCCGAAGAACACUUCAAAAGUGUUCUCUCCGAGAUCGAACAAGUGAAAAAARUGGCCCAGAAGGAAAUGCGCCGAAACGAAGAGUUCACAAUGUUGAAAAACCGCUUUUUAGCCGACGUCCAGACGUGCAAAGCGGCCCUCGAUAUCGAAAUCGGGAAAAAAACAAACCUUGAACAACGCAUGUACGAAAUGCAACGAAUUAUCGAACAAACCGAAUUAGAUAUUCAACGAAUCACCGAGGAAGCGCACGAGACACAUACAAUACUUUCCGCUUUGACGCGCGAGCAUGAACAGCUCGAUACGCAAAAGGGCGAACUCGAGGAGCAAAUCAUGCGAGCUAUGGAAGAACAAGUGACUAACAAUAAAAUGCUAAUGACGCUACAAAGGGCUUUGACCCAAUUCAAAACGAAAAAUCGGGAAAUCGAAAUACAGGUGGCGACGAUUGAGAAUAAAAUCGCAUCGGUGAUGAGCGAAAUCGAGGCGCAGAAAUUUGCAAAUUUCGAAAGUCAAAGGUACUUGAAGGAGUUGGAGGAGCAAAUGAAGGAGUUGGAGAAGGAGGCUGAUCGAUACCAGGAUGAAAUGAAGCAUAUUGAAAUGAAGAUUGCYAAAAAACAACGUGAAGUCGARUUGUUGAAUAACAGGUUUUUGAAGAUGGUGGAUAAGUCGGGAGGGACGUUUGUGUCCCCUCUUGAAAUGAAGAUAACGACUUUGGAGAAGAAUAUCGAAGAAAUACAAGAGCACAACAAAAAGUUGCAAUUGUAUUGGCUGAGAGAACAGUCGAAUUUGAUCAAAAUAUCAGAAGAACGGCAAGAGCAAAUUCACAAUAAUAAUCUCAUGUGUAAACAGAUCUUGAUUUUGGAGCAGAAAAAUUUGAGAGUUUCGGACGAACUUGAGGCUUGUCGAAAACUCCAAGACAAAGUCGUCCGCAGUAUUAAUAAUCUCCACAGCCAACUUACCGUAAUGGGAGAUAAUUUUGUCAAAACUAAGGGUUUAAAGAUAAAUAUGGAUAAAGAUAACGAAGUCAUGCGACAGGACUACAUUUACAAGCUUAAAGAUGCCGAGCUCGAAUGUCUCAAAUUAGAGGAUGAAAUUACGCAAAUUGAGGAAGAUAAAGUAAUUUUGAGUAAUGAAUUGAUUGCAAUGAAUCGUGAAACUCUCGAAUGGGAGAAGAAGUUUUUGGGUGCGAAAGAGACAAAAAAUACGAUGAUUGAGGAAAGGGGACAGGAGGGGGAGGUCGGGACGAUGAAAGCGGAAAUACAUCGCAUGAAUGUGCGAUAUAGCCAGCUGAAAAAAGUGCAAGAUGUGCUGGUCCAAGAUUUAGAGCAUUGUGUUUCGCGAAGAGACGCGAUUAUGACUGCGGCAGAAGCUCGUGAAAAGCGCAUAAAAGGCGGAAUGGAAAAAACACGGAUUAAUUUCAACCGGAAAAUGGACGACAUGAGAAAUAAAUCAAAACAAAUGGAAAAUCAAAUUGAAGAAAUGACUAAAAAGACCGAGAAUAUGGAAAAAGAAAUUAAAAAAAUCCGGGAGGAAAUUGGAGAAAUGCAGCGUGAAAUUGAAUUGACUGAAGAGAAUUGUGGGGAAAUUCAGGAAAAUGUUGAAGAGGCUUUAACGAAAAGACAAAUGAAUUUUGAAUUGUUGCUUCAAGUGCAGAAGAAGCUCAACACUUAUAAUGAUCUUGCAAAAGGACGCAAACCUCAUGUGAUUCAUCGCUCGGAAAGCGCCUUGUCUUCAGCCUACAAUAAGGAGGUUUCGCUCAAUUCAAAACUAUCAAAAAUUGUGGAAAAUCUACAAUCCGAUUUUCCCAAUCACGGGCACGAAUUGAUCCGAAUUUGUAACACUUUAAAACUGCCAGUUUAUGUCUACUUCCAAUAAAAUUUUCAUUUUGA